AUGGGACGCUGGAGAUCAAACCGGGAGCAAAGGCAUGCAUGUGCUAGAACUGGCACCACAGAGGCGCUGCUGAGGCAGGGAGGCACGCACAGGUUUCUCUGGGAACCCCGAAGGCACCGUUCAGUCCGGGAACCAAGCAGCAGCGCCCAGAGCUGGCUGCCCGCACAGCUGGAUUCUUGGGACAGGCAGCACCUGCCCCUGAGCAUCCGAAGUGGACUCCCGGGGUUCCAGAUUCCAACGCUAGUCCCUUGGGAAAGUCACUCCACUUCUCUGAACCCAUUUCUCCCCUUUUCCGGGAACCCACUGGCCACUCAACCCACGAUGCUGCUGCUGCUGCUGGCGCUGCUGGCGGCUCUGCAGGCGGUGCAGUGGCUGCUGAGCGCGCGGCGGCGACCCCCGGGCUCGCCCCCGGGUCCCCUGGCGUGGCCGCUCAUCGGCAACGCCGCGCAGCUGGGCAGGGUGCCGCAUCUGGCCUUGGCACGCCUGGCCAAGCGCUACGGCGACGUCUUCCAGCUGCGCCUGGGCCGCUGGCCCGUGGUGGUGCUGAACGGCGACCGUGCCAUCCGCCAGGCGCUGGUGCACCAGGGCGCGGCCUUCGCCGACCGGCCGCCCUUCCCGUCCUACCGCGCCGUGUCCGACGGGCGCGGCCUGGCCUUCGCCCGCUACUCGGAGCGCUGGGCGCAGCAGAGGCGCGCGGCCCUGCACACCCUGCGCGCCUUCUGCUCCGGGAACCCCCGCGGCCGGCGUGCGCUCCAGGGCCAUGUGUUGGGCGAGGCGCGCGAGCUAGUGGCCCUCCUGGUGCGUCGCAGCGCGGGUGGCCGCUACCUGGAUCCCCGCGAGCCGCUGCAGGUGGCCGUGGCCAAUGUCAUGAGCGCCGUGUGCUUCGGCUGCCGCUACCCGCACGAUGAUGCCGAGUUCCUGGAGCUGCUGGGCCACAACGCCGACUUCGGGCGCGCGGUCAAGGCGGGCAGCCUGGUGGACGUGCUGCCCUGGCUACAGAGGUUUCCCAAUCCCGUGCGCACCGCGUUCCUCCAGUUCCAGAAGCUCACCCGCAACUUCAGCGGCUUCGUGGGGCGCAAGUUCCAGCAGCAUUUGGAGAGCCUGAGGCCCGGCGAGCCCCCGCGCGACCUGGUGGACGCGUUCCUUCUCCUCCCCGGAACCCCGCAGCUCGCCCUGCAAGACGUAGCGGGCACCGUGGCGGAUAUUUUCGGCGCCAGCCAGGACACGCUCUCCACCGCCUUGCACUGGCUGGUCCUGCUCUUCAUCAGGUACCCCGACGAGCAGGCUCGGGUCCAGGCAGAGGUGGACCGCGUGGUGGGCAGACAGCGGCUGCCCGCCCUGACCGACCAGCACCAGCUGCCCUACGUCAUGGCCUUUGUCUACGAAGCCAUGCGCUUCUCCAGCCUGGUUCCCUUCACCAUCCCGCACGCCACCCGGGCCAGCGCCUCCGUCCUGGGCUACCACAUCCCCAAGGACACGGUGGUCUUCAUCAACCAGUGGUCGGUGAAUCACGACCCGGCCCAGUGGCAGCGCCCCAAGCACUUCGAGCCCUCGCGCUUCCUGGACAACGACGGCCAGCUGGAUGGUGACCUGACCAGCCGCGUGCUGGCCUUCUCCCUCGGCCGGCGCCGCUGUCCCGGGGAGCAGCUGGCCAGGCUCUUGCUCUUCCUCUUCACCGCUGUCCUGGCCCACCAGUGCCACUUCCGUGGGCACCCUCAGGAGGGCGGCAUGGGCCUCGACUAUGGCCUCACCAUCAAGCCCCUGGCCUUCCAGUUGCAUGCCGCACUCCGCGACAACGGGGACCUCCUGGAACGGGCCGCCUGGGGCCAGCAGGGCGAGGAAUCCGCAGAGAUCCCAGAUGCAAACGCAGCUCAGGGUGGGGAGUAA